CCGGGUGUUUGUUUUCCUGUGCGAGCCUUCUUCCCCUUUGCCUUCGCCUUGGCCAGACGGCGUCUGCCCCGCUCAGAAACUCGCGCGGUUUCCUCCCCGGCCUGCCCUUAUCUCGCUCCGCACGUUGCCUCUCGGUGACUAAUCGCACAAUAACAUUGUCUCAGGAUCAAAUCAAAGCCCGGGGCUGUUUACCCGGCGCUCUAUAAAAGCGGCCGCGGGGAAGGCGGACGAGGCAGAAGCGCUCAGAGGCGAGAAGCGAGCAGAGACACAGAGAGAAAGACAGUCAACCCGCAGCUCCUUCUCAACAAGGAUACUUUAUACCGGGAGGAAAAAAACACACACGCACACAAUCGGGAUGGAUUACGCGCGGCUGAUCCUUCCUCUGCUCAUGGUCCUGAGCCAAGGAGUUCCGCAGGCAGAUGCCGUGGAGCUCGGCACCUCCGGCAAUGCUGAAAAGCGGCCCUCCGGCGCCCUCUCCCCGCUGCGCCGGGCCAAGCGCUGCUCCUGCUCUUCCCUGAUGGAUAAGGAGUGUGUCUACUUCUGCCACCUGGACAUCAUCUGGAUCAACACCCCCGAGCGGACUGUGCCAUAUGGGUUGGGAAGUGCUUCUCGAAUCAGGCGCUCCUUGGAAGACUUGCCUCUCAGAAGCCUUCAAGGGUCUCCAAACCGAUGCCAGUGCACAAAUCUGAAAGACAAGAAAUGUGCCAACUUCUGCAAAGCUGAAAAAGAAAUCUGGACACAAUCCACUACAGAGAAAGGAUGGGAAUAUCUUCUUAAAAACAGAGACUGCAAAGGGCUUGGGUGUGCAUUCAGGCAAUUAGCCAACAGCAAGAAAAUGAGAAGGUUGGACACCAUCAGUAAUAGCAUCAAAGCUUCUUUCAAUAUUGCCAAACUGAAGAGCAGGCUUCACAAACCAAAGCAGCUGAAGCAUAACCGAACAUAUAAAAAGCAAAAUGUUUGGGAAAGCCUGAAGACAACAUCUUAGUGGAAAGAUCACCAGCCCUAAUCCUCGAGUCAUCGAGAAUUACUGACAAAGCAUAGCUGAGGCUCUGUUUUGACUUCUCAACAUUCCUCUCUAGGAAGAGAUCAAGGAGUGUUGUUCUAAAUAUUAACUCUCUAAAGGUAAAGGAGGGCCCAAAUAAAUCUUCCAUUCGGACAGAUGACAAAGCAGUUAAAUACUGCCAUCCUCUUGGAAUUCAGCUGAACGGAUUGGGACCAAGAGUAUUCCUUCAAUGGACUUUUCCCCACAUGGGCUGUCAGAAGAAGAAGGGAUACAUUUGGGCUCCGGUUGUGAAGGAGGGAGAAAACUGAAGCAGCACAAGCUCAUUUAGUGUGAAAGGUUUUGGACGAAUUGUGAUCAAGAAGAUCAGAAAUGGAGCGGUCAAGCUUUGAAAGAAAAUACUGACUCUGAAUGCAAAUUGACUCUGCUACUUUGAUCAGAAUCCAUCUCCUAUGUAACAAGUCUACCUCACAUGCUCUGGCUUGCACUUUUGCCAAAGUGUUGUUCAAACCUUUUGUGACUUUUAAAUGUCACUUGAAACUUAUUUAAUUUUGUUGUACUAGUCAUGGACACCUGUUGCUCACUGUUUAGUUCCUUUUGAGUUUUCAGGGCUGUGGGUCAAGAGCUGUCUCUGUUCUAAAAAGUGAUCGGGAAAUAAUAUUACAGUCCUCUAUCCUAGAUAUAACACAAUUGUAUAGUAGAAAUAGGGGACCUUCCACACAGCCAUAUAACCCAGAAUAUCAAGGCAGAAAAUCCCACAAUAUCUGCUUUGAACUGGAUUAUCUGAGUCCACACUGCCAUAUAUUCCAGUUCAAAGCAGAUAAUGUGGGAUUUUAUUCAGCUGUGUGGAAGGGGCAUAGAUCUCACUGUCUUCCAGUGGGUCAUACUUUCAAACAAAUGUGCUUAGGAUGGAGGUGUAAAGAGUUUUUAAUAAAUGGGAGUUCAGCAAAAACUGCGUAAACACCAUCCAAGAAGACCUUGCUGUGUUUAAUGUCAAGUGGAAACCUGGGUCACCAAUACUCCAUUGCCUAGGACUGAUCUCAACAAAUUGAGACGUCUCUAGUAUAAUUCUAGAGAGGAAGAAAAAGUUAUAGCAAUCUCUAGAAAGAGAAGAAAGUUGAAAGUGAUGGUGUAAAAGUCAUAUGUUAAUAUUUGUGGCUGUUGCUAACUGAAUUUAUCUCUGGCUGAAUUUGUUGAGUAAGGUCUGUACUUGAUUUUGUAUGAUGUGCUUUUUAAAUAAUCUAUCUAUAUAUAAUAUAUUUAUAUUCAUGGAACUGUCAUUAUAUUUACUAUGUUGAAUAUACAUUGAACAGGCCAUAUUGGUCUAUGCAUGUCUUACAUAUUUCUGUAUGAAAUUUGGGAAAUGCCUGAUGCCUGUUAAGGUAAACAUAUUAAAAAUAAAUAUUUUAACUAUUA